AUGUCACCCACCAUCUACGGACUAGUUAGUGGGCUGUUCAACAAACUCUUCAUCCAAAUUCCGAGACUUAUGAGAACGGCUAUCGAGGUUGGCGCGGCCGAGUAUGUUAAUGCACACUGGAACCACGUGCACAUUGCAGAUUUGGCGUCUCUUUACGAGCCUCUGCUUCGCUCUGCAUUAGAUGGUAAAGACGGUCUCGCAUUUGGUGUACAGGGGAUCUACUUCUCUGAAACCGGGGAGCAUACAUGGCUGGAUUUGAGCUUGACGGAUUACAUUGCAGCAGUCGGCGAAACAGUGGGGGAGUGGCUUGUUGCAGUAUGGGGAGUUGGGGUGGUGUUCAUCAUGAGUUCUCGGUUUGCCUCCUCCGGGUUCCAUGGCUCCAUGUCACUAACUGGUGGUGGAUUACGUCUCGGACUAGGCCAGUCUGGAAGCCGACAAGGGGAAGAAGAGAUUUGA